AUGUAUGAAAUGACUGAAUUUAUUGGUAAUCGAAUAAAAUCGUUAGAAAUUAAAGAAGAAAGCAAUAAUGAUUCUACAAAAGCAAUGUAUGGUAGUAGUGAUGAAGAGGAACAAACAGCUUGUGAGCCACUGUGUCAUUAUCAUCCCAAAUUUGACGAGGAGUUUCACGUGUUUAAUGGGACAAUCGAAAAACAAUAUGAACGAAUGCGGGAGGGUUAUGCAUUUGCACUGUUUAAACAAAAAGUGGAGACGGAGGGGGAAUGGCGUGAAUGGGAAUCAUUAACUGACAUCAUGGGCAAGAGUUUUGAACAUGACAUGUCCCGUCUAAUGUAUACAGGUAAAAAAUUGGGUCCUGGAGAUGAUGUGAUGUUGGAUAAUUUUAUAUGUUUUCUAUAUGUUGUUAGUCAAACACAUCAGAACGAUGAUAAGAUACUGUCUAAGUAUCGAACAGAGUUAAAAGAACAUGGGAAGAAUUUGUUUGUUGUGAAUGAAUAA